AUGAUAAAAUUGGUUUCGGUGUUAAGAAUAGAAGACUCCAAGUUCAAACGUGACAUCAAUCAGUUUAUUUUUUGUCGCUUCGAGAAGGUGAGUGGAAGAGAGGGGGAGAUCACACGUCGAAGGAGCUCUUUUUACUUGAGAUCUCUCUUUAACCACAUGACUGCUAGGACUUCCUUUUCUUUAUUCUUACUUUUUUAUGGGUAUUUUAGGGUUUUAAAGGGUUUUAUUUACUUGUUGACUAAUAUUUUAAAAGUUGGUACUUUUUAAAACCUUUCUCAUAAACGUUUUUAAAAAUUAUAUUUUUAAUUAGUAACUGUAGUAUUGUUACUAAAACCUUUUUUUUAAAUAAGUGGAUGUUUUACUAACCCUAAUAAAUUUAAAUCGUUUGUGGUUUGUGCAUUAAGUCAGGUAGAAUCUUUUUUUUAUUAACGAAAAUAAUUCUUUUUACGCUGUUACUACUUUUGAUUACUUUCAUAUACGUCGAUGAAACUGUAUAAUUAUUUUUGCAUUAUUUACAGCGUUAUUUUAGCUAGACAUGAGAAACGGGCCGGGCCGGGCCCAAUUUUCAGGCCCGGCCCGAUCGGAAUUUUGCUCAAGGCCGGCCCGUUUCUCAUGUCUAAUUUUAGCCACUUUUUGUAAGAAAAGAAAAUAUUCUUUUUAAAAAAUUAAUUUACUAAUAAAGGGUUGGCGUUAUUGGCAUUCUGCACUACGCGUUCCCGCCUCCAUCAAUUUUUUGUUUUUUAGUGAUCCUUUACAUAGUUUCAUUUUUACAUUCCAUUAAAUGUAAAUAACGUUAAGAAUAUACCGCUAUUCCUUAUUAUUAUUCGUGUUUAAUAAUUUUUUACUUGCGUUAGACAAAGAUUCUUCCUAUUAUUUUAUUUUUUUCAGAGUUUAAUUUUGAUUGAAUGAAGUGGACUGAUUCGGCGUAGAAAGCAAACCAAACAAGAAUUGAUAACGGGUCCUACUGAUUCUGGUAAGUGAAUAAUUUGUUUAUUUUAUUCUUUCAAUGUUUAGCCGUCGUAUGGCCAGUUGUUUUGAUUUUUUCAGCGCAAAAGUUGGCUUAAACAUUCAAAAAUGCGCUGAGAUGGCAUCUGUAAUAUCCAAACGCUUUCUCAGCUAGCUUUUUCGUUUAUAGGAUUUGAAAUUACUUUAGUUAGAUUUACUGAAAACUAGCGUUUAUUUUUCGGCUUUGGGUUUAGGUAUCUUUGUAGGUAUUAUUUUUUCGAGUUAUAUUGUUUUAGGAUAAAAUUUAGGAACCACGUUGAUUUAAUUAACUUUCUUAUUUUUCUGUUUUCUUUUAUAAAUUGAUAGAUUUAUAUGUACUAGCUUUCAGUAUUACUCAUCUUGUUUAUAAAAGAGUUUAUCGUGAAAAAUGAACAGAAGCACUUUAUGUUUGUGUUCAAUAGUUGGAGUUAGUCAUAUAAAAUUAGUUGGGUAAACUUUUUUGAAAAUAAAUGAACAGUUGGCGAGAAAUAAGGGUUUGAUUGUUAACUAUGUUUGCAUGAUUUGAAAUUCAUUUUAACAGCUAAGGUUAUAAUUUUUAAAUUAUAAGAUUAACUUUUGUUAGCUACUUUUUUUCAGACGGGAUGGAGGAACGAACACUGCCGAUUACUCGCCAAGACCUUACAGUGCAAAGCCGCGCACACGGUCACCAUCCUUCUGCAUCUAAUGCAUCGCAAAUCAGUACGUCCAGCUCGUCCAACACCGACGAGUCGGAGGAAAGCUAUUUGGACUCGUUGGAAGAGGGUCGCGCACCGUUAUUAGGCGAAGACGAAGAGGACAAUCGACGGACUCAUUAUUGCGAUGACAACAACGCACGGCAUCAUAGGUUUCCCAAGGAGCGAUUUAAAACUGUGGUAAGGUAGUUACACGUUAUAAGAAGCAGUUUGAAAUAAAGCUUUCUAGAUAAAUUAUAAUUAAGUUCGGUGUUUUAUAUAAAAAUUGUGAAAAAUGCUUUAAUGCUAAUUUUCAGAUAGCGUGUGUUUUGCUAUUUGUUGCUGGCUGCUCAAACGACCUGGUUUUGUCCUAUAUUCAUGACUUUGUGCCAGAAACAGCUCCUCUUCCUGACGUUGUGUUUGCCAACACUCCGUACAAACCUGGACUUUUAAAGAUUAGCGAAUACUUGAUGUUGUCGUCGUUUGCCGGCCUCAUGUUGCUCACAUUACUACACAAACAUCGUUGGAUUGUGUUGCGACGAAUAGCGACCAUAGGAUCUUUGUUAUACUUUGGGCGGUGUGUUACAAUGUUUGUCACCCAAGUUCCGGUGGCUGAUCAAAACUAUUAUUGUUCGCCAAAAUUGUCGGUACGUUUUUAUCAAAUUUAUGAUUUUGAGCUUGUGUGAUUCACGAGUUAUGAAGUUUUUUGUCUUGCUUUAAAAAGCAUUUUGAAAAUAUUAUAAAUUUCACGAUAUUUUGGUAAUUUUAGGGGGUUAAUAACAAUAACUUCUUAUUAACGUUGCAUUUUUAGGGAGAAAAUCGUACGAUAGGUGCUAUAUUCUUACGUGCUUUACGCGUAUUAAGCGGUGUUGGAUUGUCUAUAAACGGAAAACACACAUUAUGUGGUGACUACAUCUACAGUGGGCAUACUGUAGUGUUUGUUACGUGUUACUUGUUUAUACGUGAAUGUAAGUUUUUGUUUUUUUUUAAUUUUUGCAUAAAUAUAACUUUUAAGUUUGAAUUUUACUCUGGUUUUUAAGACAGCCCAAGGCGGUGGAAACUGCUUCAUUACACAUCGGCAGUGGCAUCUUUAGUUGGCGUAACAUGCGUGGUAAUAUCACGGGGCCACUACACGGUGGAUGUGAUUCUGGCCUACUGGAUCAGUACACGUGUUUUUUGGCAAUACCAUACAAUGGCUGCGUUUGCUGUACUAAAAGACGGACGGAACGAGAAUAAUCACUUGAUGAAAGUGAUAUGGUUUCCAUUGUUUAAGUUUAUGGAGAUCAAUGUGCUCCGACCGUUGCCUCGACAGUAAGUUUGGUGUUGUUAUCGAUGAAGAAAAUUAAGGAUUUGUAAAAAUAACAUAUCUAAAAUAAUUUUAAUUAAUAAUAUUUGUUUUAGCAAUAAACAUUAUCAACGAUUAAUUUUCAGUUAUGGGUUACCAGCACCGCUAGAUCGUGUCAAACGGCUACGUUUCCCUAAGCCUAACAAUCGUUAA